AUGGAGGCUGCCAUAGUGGGCGCCUUGCUGAAGGCCACCCUGCCGAACCUGUUUAAGCUGAUAGGUGACACAUGCAAGCAGCUGGAGCCUGAUGUUCGAUUCAUUCAAAGUGAGCUCGAGUUUAUGCAAGCUGCCUUCGGAGAUUCUCGCUGGAGAGGCAACGAAAUCAGCGAUUUGCGGAGAACCUGGAUCUUGCAACUCAGAAAGUUGGCGCAUGAGAUCCAAGACUGCAUCGACAACUUCCAGAUCAAGAAGACCUCUCCCACACAGUUUGCCCACGAGAUCGCUGACCUCAAGAAGAGAAUACAAGAUUCAUCCGAGACGCUACACCGUUAUACCGGCCAGGGGGAGCCGAGGAACGGAAAAGUUGCUCCAAAUCCGACGGCGAAUGAUGCAGAGGAAGAUCUUCUUGCCCUCGUACAGAACCAAUCGGAGAUGAACGCCAAGGUCAUCUGCGCUAUUGGCUUCGGUGGCCAGAACACUGAUCUUGCGAGGCGGGUCUAUGAGAAGAAUGAAGUCCGUCGGCAAUUUGGUCAACGGGCGUGGGUCAGUGCGGUGGGCAGAACCGUGGAUGAUGUUCUGACGGAGAUACUCAGGCAACUUGAGCGGCGCCCUGGGCUGGGCAUGCUCAUCCUCAGCUGGCUCCUUUCCAUCUUGUGUUUUCUCCAAGGACUGCUUCUCAAGGUUUUCGGCACUGAGAUGCCUGUCGCAUCCCGGUCCGGCGCCAGCUCCGGCAUCGAUCAUCAGCUCAGAUCACUGCUAACCAAAGAAAGGUAUUUGAUUGUAAUUCAUGAUGUCACGAAAGAAGAGGUGUACAAUAAAAUAUGUGCCUUCCCUUGGGCCAACAGAGUGGGCGGCAGAAUCAUCGUGACGACGGACAUCCAGUCAGCAGUGAGACCCUGCAUCUGUGAUAACGAUCCACCACUGCUUGUUCCAGAUAGCAUCACAUCUUGCCUGGUUUUGGUUGGAGAGGUGGGCACUGGGAUGUCUUACAAAGAGACCUGCUCUGCACUUUGUGACGCAGCUGUAGCAAGAAUGCAAUGUUUUGUUGGCAGUGACUAUGAGAGGAUUGUUGUCGAGGACAUGUUGCUAUAUUUCAGCAUGUUCCCACUUCAUCAUCAUGUUCGGAGGAAUCCUGUAAUAAGGCGAUGGCUGGCUGAAGGACUACUUGUCCAUGCCAUACAGAAGGUGCCUGAGAAUGUGUACCGUUUUCCUCAGGAAGUGGCGGCCGAGCAUUUGGACAUUCUCAUCGGCCAGAAUAUUGUCAAGUCCAUUAAGAAGAGCAACAAUGGAAAGGUGACGAGAUGCCAACCUCCAGGUAUGGUGUUCAACCACAUUUGCGCCAGGGCCGUGAUCGAUAAUUUUAACACCUUGCUGUGUGGCCCAAGUCAGAAUGAGACCUUUCAAGAAGCAUAUGUUCGCCGGUUUUCUCUCCAUCCUUACAUGGCUGCUGCCAACGGCGGACUCAAUGUGCCAGAUGUACAUUGUCUCCAUACUAUGGUGGUCUUUCCAACUGCGGGUGCCCAAUAUGGAGCUAUCUUGAAUUUUGAUAAUCAUAAGCUACUGCGGGUGUUGGAUCUUAAAGAGUGCGCUGAUGUGACUGCCAAUCACGUCUUAAAAAUAUGCGAUCUGUUGCUGCUGAAAUAUCUGAGCCUCGGGAGCAGUAUUAAAGAAGUUCCGAGUGAAAUAAGGCGGCUGCAGCAGUUAGAGACACUCGAUAUGAGUACAAGUGCGGUAGUGACGGUGUCCUCAAAUCUACUCAAGUUGCCCAGAUUGAAACACCUCCUUGGCAAGUUUCGGCUAUCUAGAGUGGACUGCCCAGAUGAAAAUCCAAGCAUGAUGAAGAAGGGCGCAAAGAAGGUAAAGAAGGUGUUGAAGCUCAAGGAUGAAUUGUCAAAGCUAAAGGACUUCUUGAGGGACAACAGUGUCCUGGAGACUCUAGCAGGAAUCGUCAUCGGCAACGGCAUGGGAUUUCCACAACUGUUGAGUGAUAUGGGGAAGCUGCGGAAGGUGAAGAUGUGGUGUGAUUCCAUGACAAAUGAGUCUACAGACUUGACUGGUCUUAAGGAAGGCAUCAAGGUAUUCACCAGUCACCGAAUCCGUACACCCAACGUUGAUUACUCACUCUCUGUUGACUUCAGCGGGUCUUCGCAAUCCUUCCUGGAUUGCCUGGAAGAUCCUGGCAUGCUUACAUCACUCAAACUGCGCGGCAAUCUGACGCGCUUCCGUCCAGUUGCUGCAAGGCUGGUUAGUCUACAGGAGCUGUGCCUCUCGUGGACUAAUCUUAGUGGAGCUGCAAUCCAAAUCGGCCUCAGUAAUUUGAGAUGCCAACUGAAAUUUCUGAAGCUGGUUGAGAACAAUCUUGUGGGGCUUGCCAUACAAGACAAGGAUGCAUUCGUAAGCCUGGAACGGAUAUGUCUCGUGGGCAUGCAAAGUCUUGAGGAAAUAAUUAUUCAAGAUCUGAGGAAGCUUGUUUCACUCCACUUGCUCUGUCCUGCUCUAGGUGCUCUUCCCGGCAUCCAGAUCCGAAAGCUCCAAAACCUCAAUGAAGUCGGACUCCACUCUCAAGUUGACGGUGACAUCAAACGUGGAUGGGAAGAUGCUGCGGUAGGCCAUAACCGCAAGCUCAGUAUUGUGUCCAUUGGAAUACAGUAA